AAAUUUUAAAUCGCGGAAUGGACACUGACCAUGAUCAUUAUGACUCCAAUUUUAAUGAGGAAUUCUCACAUCAAGAAUUUCUACUGGAACACAAGAGGCAAUACAAAAGAGAACAGAGGAGAACUAGCAGAAAAAGGCCUCUUUCUAGAAGCAAAAGAGUCAGAGGUGAAUUAUGGGACCAUAGUAUUGAAGGGAAAUAUUAUGAUAAGAAAAGCGGAGGUAUGAUAUUAACUACAAGAAAGCCCUAUAAACCCAGUUUUGACAAUAGAGAUGUCUAUCAUGAUAAUACCCCAACUAAAAUGCAUACAUUACCAAAAAGGUGCUCUGGAGCUCUAGAUACUAACUGAACUUCAAUAAAUAUGAGCAAUCAAUGAAAUAGAGCAAUAGACUCAAAGUCAAAAGGUUUGAAACCCAGAAUUUCAGAAGAAAUCUCAGGUAUUGAAUGAGACCUAUCAAAUAUGCAGGAAGACUCUUGCUUUGAAGAAAGAAACCUUGAGCAGAUAGAUCCUAAUUUCUCAGAAGAUUGUCAAUUCAGAGAUAUCCCAACUCGCGUCUCAAAUGGAGCCAUUCACUUCCAUCCAAUAUAUAAGAAAGCUCCAAUUGUAGACCAGACUAAAGCCCUAGAUCAAAUAUUCGCUCAAGGAAUAGAUCUGAAUGACGAAUUCGCUCAGAUAAAUGCAGAAGAGAACCUUCAGAAGGAAAUCUAUAGAUUUCAUAAUGGCUCGAGAUCAUCAAAUUCACUAUCUAAUUUCAGUGACUCAGAAAAUGAGCAAAGGCAGUUUAUCAGACAAAACUUGGCAAAUAAUGAUUGAAGGACUCCCACUCCUAACAAGAAAAGAUCUGCCAAACGAAGAAGAAAGGAAGCUCAAGUAAGAAUGAGAGGUCUCAGCAUUUGCAGCUCGUGUGAAGACUGAAGUAGCCAAGGGUUUGGAACUCCUGAUUCUAAUCAAGAAGAUAUGUCAUUUGAUAAUGAUGAUGACAUAAUCCGGAAAGAGAUUAGAGAAGACAUAAACGGCUUCCUAAACGCUCCUAAACUAAAAAGAUGCAAGUUCAAUCCUACUCAGGUCAUCAAAAGACACGACAUCUACGACUUCAGUGACUCCUCCUCCAACACCCCUCUUUCCCCCACUCUAAACCCUGAAGAAAUCCUCAAAUCGAUAGCUGACACCAAAUUCGAGCCCAACCCCUGCGACAACGAAGAAGACAUGCCAUUGAUCCCAUCUACUAAGCACAAGACGCCUGAAAAGUCUUCGCGUCAAAAAUACCUUGACCAGAAGUAUGGGCGUCCCACUGGUCACCCGGUGCGCAACCUCAGCAAAGAUUUUUCAUCUCCUGGCUUCACGAAUAAGUCUGAGUCUCUUUUGAAAGCGCCCAAUAAGGGAUCCUCGGCCGUUGGUGAAAGUCUGGGCCAGAAGGGAAAUUUAGAGAGAGGAUUUGGGAUGGGAUAUUAUGGUACCAAUGAGCUCAGCUAUCUAAGCGACGCCAUAACAGAGACAGAAAGAUCAGAAGAAGACAGGUUCAACGACAUUUCAGACUCUGACUCUUCCUCCCAAAAUGCCCUCCCUCUCCACCUAAACGCCCAAACCUCAAUAACCGAGACUGAAAUAAUUGGAGUAGAAGAGAAGCUGAGAAGACUGAAUUUAGAAGACCAAUAGAAUAAAUGGGUUUA